GGUUCGAAAACCCUUGAUGGUCCAACUCUUCCUUCAUCUAGUGGCUCACCAUCUUCAAUUUUCAAUUUUCAAUUUUCAAUCUACAAUCUUCAAUUUUCAGAGCAAAACUACUGACUACCCAACUCCGUCAUUCACCGCCAUCCUUGAGGACACUUGCCUUCCUGCCUGCCUCGCCACCAUUGCGCCAAUCUCAAGCGUCACUCAAGUAGUGAAUUGUUGGUAUCUCUGGCAUUAGAUUGAAAAUGAAGAACCGUGUUGAUAGUUCUCAUAUCCCUGCAAGAAAAGUUAAAUUUGAAGAGAUGGAAGAGAUUGAUUCCUCAAAUGAAGAGAAUGAUUCUGCAAGUGAAGUUGUUAGUGGAAGAGGCUGAAAUAGAGGAUGAGCUUGCUGAUGUAACAUUUGAAGAAUUGCUGAAGGCGCGUGCUGAUGGAAGCAUUUCAUUGCACCAAAAGCUCAAAUCUGAAACAAGGUCUAAGCGAGCUAACAAAAACAGGCCAAUGGAGGUAAGUAGCAAGAAACCUGUUAGCAGAUUCAGAGAAGUGAUUCAAGUACCCAAGAAGGUGAUACGUGAUCCACGUUUUGAAUCUCUUUGUGGCGAAUUCGAUGAGGAGAGGUUCAAGAAGAAAUACAAUUUCAUCUAUGAAGAGAACCUUCCGGCUGAAAAAGAAGAAUUAAAGAAGCUGCUGGGGUCAUCAAAAGACCCUGAAGUCAUUCAAGAAUUGAAGGAUCGUAUUUCAUGGAUUGACAAACAAAUGAGGUCUAAUUCAUCAAAGCUGAGGGAAGCUCAAAUUCUUUCUGAACAUAAAAGGAGGGUGAGGGAAGCGGUAAAGCAAGGAAAGCGUCCCUUUUAUCUCAAGAAAUCUGAUAUCCGAAAACAAUUGCACAUUGAAAAGUACAAUAAACUUCAGGCUUCUGGUAAGCUAGAUUCUUUUAUCGAAAAGAAGAGGAGGAGGAACACUGCGAAAGACCACAAGUUCAUGCCCUACAAGAAGCAUAACAAUAAUGAGUAAUCUCUUUGCAUACUUGAGAGCCUUAAUGCUAGAUGAUGAGCAUUUUCUCCACCCAUUUGGGAAAGGGUAUAUAUUCAGAGACUUGGGAUUGAAAACUCUUCCGUUGCACUUAAAUCCUAGUUUGAAUAUCUGAUUGAACGCCACUGCAAACUUAUCAAUGAGGAGAUAAUAGGAUAGAAAUUCGGUAUUGUACUUAUAUAUAUAGUUAGCUGUUCGAUAGAAAUUUAAUCACAUGAACUGAAGUCAUUUUUGUUCAUUUUAACAUUUCCUUAAACCCCGCUGAUUAGUAUUUCAGAAAUGCAUCAUACUAGCAGCUGGUUUUUGUACUUGGGCUAUUCCGGAUGUUUAGCAAAUUUUGUUCUUUAAGCUAUGGUCUUUUUAUAGUAUAUGAAACGAUUAUUUACCUUGAAAUUUAAAGCAAUGGUUACAAUUUUUAGUUAA